AUGGCAACGCCGCGGCAGGUCCCCAGCUACAAUGUUCAGCACAAGCCCAGCAGCUCUGCAAACUCGUCGUUCACCCGCACGCCGGUGCGCAACUUGUCUCUCGGGUCCCGCGAGCUGCCUAUCUCGCCAUGGCAGGUCGCCGAGCCGUCGGGCAAGAAUCUGUGGGAGCAGAUCUGCGAGGAGUAUGAAGCUGAGCAGCCUCCCUUUCCAGAAGGAUAUAAAGUCAAACAUGAGCCUGUGAUUACUGUUGCAACAGUAGAGGAAAUGCUUUUUCACGGCUUCAAUGCAGAGCACUAUUUUCCUGUUUCCCAUUUCACCAUGAUCUCACAUACACCCUGUCCUCAAGACAAAUCGGAAACAGUCAACCCAAAAACAUGUUCUCCCAAAGAAUAUUUGGAAACUUUCAUCUUUCCUGUUCUGCUUCCUGGAAUGGCUAGUCUGCUCCAUCAAGCGAAGAAAGAAAAAUGUUUCGAGAGGAAAAGAACCAAAUUCAUUGCCUGUGAUUUUCUGACUGAGUGGUUGUACAACCAAAAUCCCAAGAGGGCAGGGGAGCCAUUCACAGAAUUCUUCUCCAUUCCAUUUGUGGAGGAGUGGCUAGGACAACACCCGCGGCCACCAAUCCCACUCUCCCUCCUGCUGACAGAAGAGGAAGCAGCCCUCUACAUUCAAUCUUUCUGGAGAGCCUAUGUGGUUCGCUGUGAUCCUGAGAUUCAAGAACUGCGUAAGUGGCAGAAGAAACUUCGUGAGGACAAGUACAUUUACCAGCGAGUCAAAAUUUUCUGGGCCAAGCAAGAACAAAAAGUGAAAUGCAAAAUGGAGGAUGAUGCGGUACCUGCAGCCAAAAUGAAAAUUCCAUAAUCUUAACCACAGUUAAGAUGUAUCUUUGCCCAUCCGAGCACAAGUUACCUCGUGCAAGGAAAAUGUCUACAUUAUGCUUUCUCUCUUGUGAUUUCUUUAACAAGACUUGGAACAUGUAAACCUGGAAUCUUUUCUGUACAAGGUAGUAUUUGUUGCAAACAUGCUUUAGUGCAAAUAGUUUAGAAAAGGAAGGACCAGUCUUCACUUUCUGCAUUAUCCCCACAUUUUAUUCAUCCCUCCACAUAUCUCUUCAGUGCCUCAGAGGUAUCCUUCUACACCAGCUGCUGUUAAAAUGUACAAUGAACUCUAGUUCCAAGGGAUACAGAAGUGCUCUUAUUAUGAGUUUUCUCACUUUUGGUGCCUUUGCAAAGAUCCAUAUUCUAAUUUAAGUCCCCAACCUCUGAAUUGGGUUUUAAGUUCACCUGGUGACUAUCUUUUUAUAAAAAAGACCUUAUACUUAUGAUCAUUUUCAAAGGAGACUCGCCCUGAAAUUUUAUUGCAAACCCAACAAGAUGAGACAUUUAAACCCACAGAAAUGAAACGAAAAAUUUUUGUCUUAAGUCCCAAAGUAUUAUAUAGAAAGUUCCUGCUUUUAUGGGUAAAUAAACUUAUUACCCUAAUUUGUUCUGUGGUUUUCUGUUAACCAAGAUUCUCCCAUUUAAAAUGCCACAGACUGUGAGCCUCAGGGCAGAUCCAAAAGCCCAGUAGUUAGUUGCAUUGAGUUGUUUUGAGAAGCUUCUACACGUCUUAAGUAAAUAGUAAAGCCUUUAUUUUCGUGUUAAGAACAGCAUUCUGAAAAUAAAACCUAUCUGCCCAUG